AUGUAUAUAAAGAUGGCCACGUUAGCAAACGGACAGGCUGACAACGCGAGCCUCAGUACCAACGGGCUCGGCAGCAGCCCGGGCAGCGCCGGGCACAUGAACGGAUUAAGCCACAGCCCGGGGAACCCGUCGACCAUUCCCAUGAAGGACCACGAUGCCAUCAAGCUGUUCAUUGGGCAGAUCCCCCGCAACCUGGAUGAGAAGGACCUCAAGCCCCUCUUCGAGGAGUUCGGCAAGAUCUACGAGCUUACGGUUCUGAAGGACAGGUUCACAGGCAUGCACAAAGGCUGCGCUUUCCUCACCUACUGCGAGCGUGAGUCAGCGCUGAAGGCCCAGAGCGCGCUACACGAGCAGAAGACUCUGCCCGGGAUGAACCGGCCGAUCCAGGUGAAGCCAGCGGACAGCGAGAGCCGAGGAGGUAGUAGCUGCCUACGCCAGCCCCCUUCACAAGAUAGAAAACUCUUCGUGGGCAUGCUCAACAAGCAGCAGUCCGAGGACGACGUGCGCCGCCUCUUCGAGGCCUUCGGGAACAUCGAGGAGUGUACCAUCCUGCGCGGGCCAGAUGGCAACAGCAAGGGGUGCGCCUUUGUGAAGUACUCCUCCCACGCCGAGGCGCAAGCCGCAAUCAACGCCCUGCACGGCAGCCAGACUAUGCCGGGAGCCUCAUCCAGUCUGGUGGUCAAGUUUGCCGACACUGACAAGGAGCGCACGAUGCGGCGAAUGCAGCAGAUGGCUGGCCAGAUGGGCAUGUUCAACCCCAUGGCCAUCCCGUUCGGGGCCUACGGCGCCUACGCACAGGCACUGAUGCAGCAGCAAGCAGCACUAAUGGCGUCAGUAGCGCAGGGCGGCUACCUGAACCCCAUGGCUGCCUUCGCCGCCGCGCAGAUGCAGCAGAUGGCGGCCCUCAACAUGAAUGGCCUGGCGGCCGCACCCAUGACCCCAACCUCAGGUGGCAGCACCCCUCCGGGCAUCACUGCACCAGCUGUGCCUAGCAUCCCAUCCCCCAUUGGGGUGAACGGCUUCACCGGCCUCCCCCCACAGGCCAACGGGCAACCUGCUGCGGAAGCUGUGUUUGCUAAUGGCAUCCACCCCUACCCAGCGCAGAGCCCCACCGCCGCGGACCCCCUGCAGCAGGCCUACGCUGGAGUGCAGCAGUACGCAGGUCCAGCCGCCUACCCUGCUGCCUAUGGUCAGAUAAGCCAGGCCUUUCCUCAGCCACCUCCAAUGAUUCCCCAGCAACAGAGAGAAGGGCCCGAGGGCUGUAACCUGUUCAUCUACCAUCUGCCCCAGGAGUUUGGGGACGCUGAGCUGAUGCAGAUGUUCCUCCCUUUCGGCCGGCACCCUGUGCCCUCCCGCUGCCAGGCCCCCUCCUGUCAGGGAGGACAGUGUCCAAUAAACUCCUCCACCCGCAGGCUUCGUGAGCUUCGACAACCCGGCCAGCGCGCAGACCGCCAUCCAGGCCAUGAACGGCUUCCAGAUCGGCAUGAAGAGGCUCAAGGUGCAGCUGAAGCGGCCCAAAGACGCCAAUCGCCCAUACUGAGCGCCGGCGGGAGCGUCCCCCGGGGGAGACCAGGACUCGCACAGGGCCAGUCAAAUCCACCACAGUCUCGCGCUGAGCUAGGAAUAAAGUUCACGUAA